CCAGAUUCAGUAGGCAGGGCGUCUUUGCGUUGGCUUUCGGGAAAUGUAGUUGUAAUGCUACCGACGCGCUCUGUUUGCGACAGAAAAUACAACUCCCAGAUGCCACCGCGACACUCGUCUUUGCCCGCGAACCAACGGUUCUGGAGGCCUUGGUUAACUGGGAGCGUCUGUCUGACAAUGGAUGCUGAAUUAUCGCACAGUAUGAUUGGGAGCUACCUUAACCCUCCAGAGAGAAUGUAUCUCCCAUCAUUCUCACAGACCGAAGCAUCUCAGAAUUGCCACCCCGGGAGCUCUCCUAAGAUGUUUAGUAGUCCGAACAACCAAGCCCUUGUUUCAGCAUUGAAAACACUGCAGGAAAAGAUCCGGCGUCUGGAGCUGGAGAGGACGCAGGCUGAGGACAGUCUGAACCUUCUGUCCAGAGAGGCAGCGCAGUACAAGAAGGCCCUGGAGGAGGAGACCAACGAGCGCAACCUGGCGCACGAGGAGCUGACUAGACAGAAGAGAGAUAUAAGCAUACAGUUAAGCUCAGCCCAGUCUCGUUGUAGUCUUCUAGAGAAGCAAUUAGAAUAUACCAAGAGAAUGGUUCUCAAUGUAGAACGAGAAAAGAAUAUGAUCCUAGAACAACAGGCCCAGCUUCAGAGGGAAAAAGAACAAGAUCAGAUGAAGCUGCACGCUAAACUGGAGAAGCUGGAUGUCUUAGAAAAAGAGUGUUUGAGGCUGACGACGACCCAGCAGACUGCGGAGGAGAAGAUUAAAUAUCUAGAGGAAAAACUAAAGGAGGAGGAGCACCAGCGCAGGCUUUUUCAAGAUAGAGCGUGUGAGCUUCAAACUGGACUUGAAAUCAGCAAAAUCUUAAUGUCCACAGUUUCUAAUCCAAAGCUUUGUAAGGAAAGGAAGAAACUACCAAAGAAACCUAACUGUUUAAAAAGAGAGCUGCUUCAGCAUACGGACGGCAAGUUCAGUGGACCGGCUUCUGAGAGAGAGACGCCUCCUUUCAGAAUGACUUCUUCGGCUAGAGCUAAGCCUCAUAGCUCAGGAGAGCCAUUUUCCAUUUGCGACAGUUUGUCUGAACUCUUGAGGACAAUGCAGGACGAGCUGGACCAGAUGAAUAUGGAGCACAGGGAGCUCCUGAGGCAAAUAGCGCAGACCGGGAGCCAUUCCGACUCUGAGGAGCUAGAGCAGGAGCUGGAGCACUUAGCCAGGAAGAUGGAAAGCAAAGAAGACCAAAUCUCCAAGCUUCAGAAGCAUCAGGACAGGGUCCGUAAACUGCAGGAAAAAGUUGAGAACUCAAGGAUAAAUGAAUCCUCAGGUAUCCAUGGCAACCCUAAAAGAUCAAAGAACUUGAAAACUAGCCCCAGGAAAUGUCUGAGUGAAACUAGCGCUUUUCAGAAAGACAGAAGCUUUCAACCGGUGAAGGUUCACAGUCUGCCUCCAAGGCUGAGGCGGGAUGACGUCAAGUGGGAGCAGUGACCCUGCAAACUGUCACUUAAAUGAACCUCGCCCGUGAGACCUGAUGCAGUCUCUGUGGUUUUUAUUUCAUAGGCUCCUGGGAACCCUUGAAUUAUGUUUCCGGCUGCUAUAAAGUGUGUGAAGUUGUACAUUUUCAGAAUGAUGGCUAACGACCUACCAAGGUUUCCGGAAUAUAAAUGACUGCUUUUCGUUGUUACUAACCAAAGGCCCUGACCUCAACAACCUCUUAGAAGCAUUCAUUUUGCAGCUCCCGUAAGGUAAACCCAAGAAGCUGAACUGAAUGGAUACUCAUUAAAAUCAAGUUAAUCUGACCCAUGAGUACCAUUCCACAGUUUGAUUUACAUAGGCUGUCACCUGUAGAUCCACGCGACAUGAACAGAAUCCCAAAAGCUUAACUUCCGUCGAACCGCCACCUUACCUUGUUUGAAAUCUCAGCAGUGGUCUUGUUUGGAAAGGGAAAACACAGUAAUUCUGCAGUUUUGUGAGAAUGGCCUUAACUAAGCUUUGAUAUGACAGCCAUAGAAUAAAAUGCAGAACUGAUUAAUUUUUGUACUAAUUCAUCUCUCUUCUCUGCUACUCCCACUCUCCAUUGCAAACCUGCUUACCUAUGAAACUCCAACAGUAGGUUUUUUAUAACCUUUCCUGGUUUUUCCAUUCAUGUUAUAUGUGAUUUAUAUCCAUAUAUGACACUGUAGAUAGAUGCCAAGGACCCAAGAAGGGAAUGGCAUUCUGUAAGAAGAAGUCAGGCACUUGACUAAUUUUAUCCACAGGAGAAGAUGAAUUAGGUAAAUGUGGUGUCUCCUUUUAUACUUUAAAAUCAGUGAUGUCACAAUGGAUUUCUUUGUAUACACAUGUUAAAUAAUAAAUUUAUACUUUUUGCCUUCCUAAAA